AUGGCCGAACGCCUCAACCCCAACAUGCUCUUCGCCAACUUCAACCAGGACUUUACAUGCAUCUCCGUCGGUACUCGGAAAGGGUACAGCAUCACGAAUUGCGAUCCCUUCGGACGGGUGUAUACCAUGAAUGAUGGAGCACGCGGUAUUGUGGAAAUGUUGUUCUGCACAUCGUUGCUCGCGUUGGUCGGCGCCGCGGACCAUCCCCAUCUGAGUCCGCGCAAGUUGCAGAUUGUGAAUACCAAGCGGCAAUCCAUGAUCUGCGAACUCCUCUUCCCCUCCUCUAUCCUCGCCGUCAAGAUGAACCGCAAGACGCUUGUGAUCGUGCUCGAAGUCGAAAUAUACAUCUACGAUAUCUCAAACAUGAAGCUCCUGCACGUCAUCGAGACGACUCCGAACCCUAACGCAAUCGUCGCCCUCUCUCCCUCUGCCGACAACUCUUAUCUCGCAUACCCUUCACCCGUUCCCUCACCCACGCUCGCUCAGACCUCCGCCACACAGCAACCCACACCCGCUACGCCGGCACCAUCGACCGGAGACGUUCUCCUCUUCUCCACACGCUCUCUGACGGUCGCGAACGUCAUCCAAGCACACAAAUCCCCCAUAUCCUUCCUCUCUGUGAACUCUACAGGCACGAUGCUCGCCACCGCGUCCGACAAGGGAACAGUCAUCCGCGUUUGGAGCAUCCCCGGUUCGGAGAAGCUCUACCAGUUCCGACGCGGGACGCGUGAAGCGCGCAUCUACUCGCUCAACUUCAAUCUCGUAUCGACGCUUCUUGUCGUCAGCUCCGCGCACGACACAGUACAUAUAUUCAAGCUCGGGCAAGGGCGGGGUGGUACCUCGGUCAGCAGCUCGCAGUCACCAUCCAGUCCAUCAGGUUCGAUAGACAGCCGGGAGGGCUCGCAAGGAUUGGACGGGGGAUAUGACGCGUACGUUGACAAGAAGAAGGGGAACAGUGUUUCGUCCACAUUGCGCCGGAAAUCCCUCCAUCUCACGAAGAACCUCACUUCGUCAGUAGGCGGCUAUCUUCCGAACACGCUCACGGAGAUGUGGGAGCCCUCGCGAGACUUCGCUUUUCUGAGGUUACCAACAAGCGGCGCGCGGUGCAUCGCGGCCCUCAGCGGUACGAUGCCGCAGGUCAUGGUGAUCUCUUCGGAGGGGUACUUCUACUCCUACAACAUCGACUUGGAGAACGGCGGCGAGUGUUCGCUCAUGAAGCAGUAUAGCUUGCUUGACUCCAAUGACGAGAAGAACGACUGA